UAUAAGACAAGCAGGGUCUGCAGCAUUCCUUAGUUGAAAGACAAUGAAACUGUCAACAAUGUCUAUUUCUCUGUCCCUGGUUUUGCUGCCCGUGCUAAAUUGCGUAAGUUCUAGUGUAAGAAAAUGUAAUAAAAAAGAAAGCGACUUCCAGCACUGUUUAACUAAAGCGGUUGAAAACUUCAUUAAAGAAAGGAAUAUUCCAUUCAAAAACGUGAUUUUGCUGCACAAGCAAAACUUGGUAAAUCCAAUAUUGCUACCAGCUGCUAAUGGCCUUGAAACAGUCAAUCUGAAACAGAUUCUCAAACAAUUGGAAGUUUCAAGUUUUAGUGAGACGACGUGCUCUAAAGUGGAGUUUACUAACGAUCCUGAUAUAUUAAAACUUGAUUGUAUAGUGCCCCAUUUUAGACUGGACUUGGAUUACGAACUGUCUGGGGACUUUUCUUUAUCUGAUUAUGGAAAAGGACCAGCUUUGGUGAUUUUAAAGAAUAAUCACGUGCAUCUUAAUUUAAUGCUACAACAAAAAGGAGAAUACUACAAAAUUAUGCAUUACUACUUAAGUAUGUGGCCGACGGAUAUCGAUUUUGACUUUGAAAAUUUGUUAGAUGUUGAUGGAAUAAGAACUGAUUCCGUUAAGCAGUUCUUGAAGGCGAAUGUAACGCAGUAUUAUAGGCAAAUUAAGGAAAGUUACGACGUAACGUUUGGAAAGAUAUUAGCUUCUGUUUUUGACAGCUUUCCUGUCGAUUCUUUGUUUGAAGAACAAUAAGAACGGGGGGCGCCAUAUCAUAUUGUACUAGGGGUUGCAUGAGGGAUUACGGUGUGUGUGAAGAAUGUCUAGCUUAUGGUCAAUAUAGCCUUAUAACACAUUAGUCGUACUCUUUCUACUUUAACUGUAUAAGUAAAUUUCUAUUAGUAUUAAA